AUGGCGGCAAAAAAGUGUAUUUGGGAAAGUGACUUACAAUGGAAUUUAAGAUCACAAUUUAUUGAAAAAUUGGAAGAUAAUUUUCCAGAGGAUAAGGGAGAAGCUUUAUCUAUGGUUUGGGCGAACAUGAAGUUCCUUGGCUGCAGAUAUCCAGCGAAAACUGAGGAAAUAGUGGGUGAACUUGAAUCGAAGGGGGGUAUUUCUGUGCCACACAAAGCAUUGAGAAAGGUAAAACCACUGAUAGAAAACUUCACAAUCUACGAGCGUGAGGAAGGAGAGGAAGGCAAUGAAAGCAAUCCUGUGAGUGUUUUGAACGAGAGCGCCCAAAAAUCGAAGAAAACUAUAUCAUUUGACGAACUUGGUGUGAACAGCAAAACAGGUCUAUUUUCUUGUUCUGUGACGAUAGCGAACCAGUUGGUUGCUGUUGGGGAAGGGGUAGGGAAAAAACAGGCGAAACGCACAGCAGCCGAGAAUGCUUUGUCGAUGCUCCGACCUCGCCAACCUGUUAUUCGUUUGGGAUCACUAUCUCGGCAACAUGAAUCUGCCCCAUGUGUGUCGAAAACCAAACUAGUCUCGAAAGCUUAUGAAAAGGCAGCGAGCAUUUCCGAAGAUAACAUCGGCAAUAAAAUGCUUCGGAAAAUGGGAUGGACCGGGAGUGGGGGGAUUGGUAAGGAGGGCCAAGGUCGAGCAGAGCCAGUCAUUGCUCUCGGUACUGAUGGUAAGUUUGGUCUGGGGUGCAAUCCAACACAUGGAUCGCAAGUGAAAAAACAGACGAUUAGAGAUGUACUUAUGUCAUUUAUUAGUGGAACAGACAGAGAAAUUAAAUUUUCUAGCGAACUCUCGAAAGAAGACCGAGCUGUUAUACAUAAAAUUUCACAACAAUAUGGGUUGAAACACAAGUCAUAUGGGAAAGGUGAUGAUAGAUAUUUGGUGGUUGGAAAGGAUUGAAGAGGAAAGCUUGUGUGUAGUUGGGUGUAUUUUAUCAUGAGAAAUUUGUGACACGAUUUAUACACAGCCCCAUACUCCACUAUGCUUACAGUUCUUGGAUAAAUGAAACAAUGGCAGGAUUAUAGAUUGUCUUUGGGUCUACAGCCUUGUUUUGCAACAGCAUGGAGCUGUGUGGAAAUGUUACCAAUUUCACUUCAUGUACAAAAAUCAUGUGACAGCUACAGUGAAAUAAAUUACUUGAAAGUGAACCCAAUAAUAUUGGAUAGAAUUAAUACUGAACUUGGUGUUUUUACUAAUUUUAUGGCUGGAUAAUUGUAGCAAUGAAUUACUUACUAUGAAACUCAGAUAAUGGUGAACACCACAGAUAUUUAUGGUACUUCAAUUUUUUAACCCUUUGACACUAAGAGUGACUAGCUUCUAUUUUCUCCUCACAAUGUCAUGCCUGAAUCAACACUAAAGUGACAAGAAUAAAGGAA